GGAGAUAUAUAGAAGCUAUUCUGUCAGCAACGAACCCAAACCGAAAAAUUUGCUUGCCAACAUGACCAUAGCUUGGCAUGUGUUUCUGUGCUUAGUGUUCUACACAAUUAGCGACAACGUUCAAGCUGCUUGCAACGCUUCAGCACGAUAUCGUACAUUGGAUGGCAGUUGUAACAAUCUGCAGAAUCCCAGCUGGGGUGCGGUGAACACCCCCUACGGACGGUUGAUUGCCGCGGACUACGGAGAUGGUGUGAAGAGCCCCCGGAAGGCCACGAAUGGUGCCGAUCUGCCCAGUGCGAGAACUAUCUCGAACAAGCUCUUUAGCGAUGCUAACGUACUGGAUCCGGCCUACACCUUGAUCAACAUGCAGUUUGGACAGAUCGUGGCUCACGAUAUGGGUUUCACGGCUGGAGGUGUGGAUGUGUUGCCAUGCUGUGGCGGGGGGCAGCCAGCUCCAAAUCCUGUCCCUCGAUGCUACCCUAUACCGGUCGCAUCCGAUGAUCCCGUAAUGGGAUCGGCUGGUGUUCAGUGCUUAGACUUCCUGCGAACCAUUACCGAUUGCGAUACCGUUCCGUCCAGCUGUUCGAACAACAAGAAGGCGGAACAGAUCAACAGUGCGACAUCGUUUCUGGAUCUCUCGCUCGUGUAUGGUAACAGCGUUGAGGAGAACACUCCCCUACGCCAGUUCACAGGUGGAUUGAUGAAGGUGGAAAGGCGCAAUGGGUCCGAUUGGCCACCGCGUAACCCACAGUCAAGUGACGCUUGUGUGCAAAACAAUGCGGACGAUGCGUGUUAUUUGACGGGUGAUCCACGUGCCAAUCUGAGUCCACAUCUCGCCAUUCUGCAUAUUACUUUCCUUCGUGAGCACAACCGAAUUGCGAAACAAUUGGCUUUGUUAAAUCCACCUUGGAACGAUGAGAAACUCUUCCAGGAAGCUCGUCGCAUCAAUAUAGCCGAAUACCAACAGAUCGUUUACUACGAGUGGCUACCGAACUUCCUUGGAUGGGAAAACAUGGAGGAGCGUGGCAUCAUCAACGAGAAGGAUGAAGCCACGAAUUUCUACCAGGCCGAUGUGAACCCAACAACGCUCAACUCCAAUGCCAACGCUGCGUUCCGAUACUUCCACAGUGCGGCCAUUGGUCACUUGCAAUUGGCUAGCGAAAAUCGUACAAGUGAUGGAGACAUCACCAUUACCGAUCACACGCUGAAUCCCAACAUUCUCGAGGCUCCCUGCAAGUAUGCACAGCUGUCGCGAGGCAUGUCUACCCAGCAGAUGGGCAAGGUUGAUCGUAACAUCGACUACGAGCUGAAGAACAACUUUUUCAAAUUUGGUGGCCCGGUCGGAAGUGAUCUGAGAUCGAUUGACAUCCAGCGCGCACGUGAUCACGGUCUGCCAAGCUACAACAAGUUCCGUAAAUGGUGUAAACUAAAGAAGAUCAAGAGCUUUGCCGAUUUGGGAUCUCGACUAAACUCACCGAAGCUUCCAGCCCUCUUCGCAUCUGUCUAUACAUCCGUGGAGGAUGUAGAACUAACGGUAGCCGGCUUUUUCGAGAAGCAUCUAGAGAACAGUCAGGCAGGAGAAACAUUCCAGUGCAUUCUGGAGGAGCAGUUCUAUCGUACCCGCGUUGGUGAUCGGUUCUUCUUCGAAACGAACGACAAACAUCUCAGUUUUAGCCAUAACCAGCUCAGCCAGAUAAGGAAGGCAACAAUGGCGAAGGUACUAUGCGAUAAUACGGUUGGACUGGAGGGCAUGCAACCAGAUGCUUUCCUAAGUCUAUCCUCUACAAACACGGUGAAACUCUGCUCGAAGCUGCCUGCAGUGGAUUUGAACGCGUGGAAGUCCACUGCAUAGUGUACCGUCGUGCGUUUGAUUGGAGUACUAUCUUGAAAUAAUUAGCAUACGGCUUGUCGCCAAAUAAAAGUAGCUCAUUAUGAAUAUUAUAACUUUGCGAGCAGUUUUAAUUAGGUUGAAACUGAUAGAAAAUGUUUUAGAGAAUUGAUGGAGCUAUUAAUCCAACGCUUUACCUUGCUGUCCCUU